AUGACGGCUGACCUGCAGGACCAGACAUCCAGUUUCCUCUUCACAACAUCUUCGACUGCUGCGUCCCUGGCCACGACGAACGGCAGAGGAGCGCAGACGGAGCACAACCCCACGAUGCUGUCUGGGACCGGGAGCUCACCGGGGGUUUCUGGCGGUAGCCAGGCCACCAGUGCCGCUUCCACAACACUGGAGCCUGGCACCAGCUCCACAGGCAUUGCCACGGCGAGUGGCACUGUUGGCUCUGGGUCUCCCGUGCCCAGCUCGGCAGCUGCCACGUCCUCUGCUGCUAGUGCUGGGGCUGGAACUGUGCAGCCCACAACUGCGCAACCACAGGGGCAGGCCACGGCUCAGAUUGCAUCCACAUCACAGUUCACAGGCAGCCCGUUGCCUACCCCGGCUCCGACGUCAGCUCUGAGCAAAGCCACCACUCAUGCUAGCACAGGUGCAAUUCCAACGGCAGCCCACCUGAGUGGCACGACGGCUGACCUGCAGGACCAGACAUCCAGUUUCCUCUUCACAACAUCUUCGACUGCUGCGUCCCUGGCCACGACGAACGGCAGAGGAGCGCAGACGGAGCACAACCCCACGAUGCUGUCUGGGACCGGGAGCUCACCGGGGGUUUCUGGCGGUAGCCAGGCCACCAGUGCCGCUUCCACAACACUGGAGCCUGGCACCAGCUCCACAGGCAUUGCCACGGCGAGUGGCACUGUUGGCUCUGGGUCUCCCGUGCCCAGCUCGGCAGCUGCCAGUGACUCUUCUUCGCUGGCGGGCUCCCCACCUCUGCCAUCCAGCAGCACGCCAAGCAGCAGCCCUGAAAACACUGAAGCUGGGCAGACCAGGACAUCGCAGCCUUCUACAGCGGAAACAUCCCCACGUCCAGCGUCCUCUGCUGCUAGUGCUGGGGCUGGAACUGUUGGCUAUAUUUCCCCAACGCAUAUCUCAUCGUUAUCUUUGUCUACAACGUCUUUGCAUCCCUCAUCUCUCUCAAAUUUUAUUCCAUCCACUUCUAUCAAGUCAGCUUCACCUGAAUUUUGCUCUCCGGUUACUCUCUCCAUACAGCUGGAGAAUGUGAGCAGUACAACAAUACAGUUCAGCUGGAAACCUCAAGGUGGCAGAAGAGACAGUCCUUAUCUUGUGCAUCUCUGGGACGGAUCUAUAGAAAUGGAGAAUAGAAACUUAAAUGAAACUAGUACUGCAUUUGAAGGUCUGGUCUCUGAUCAUGAAUACCAAAUAUCUGUGAACGUUUUAACUUGCUCUAAGAAUGUCAGCACGUCGAUGACCGUUCGGACAGCUGCUAAAGUCUUCAAUGGAAUGACUAGGAUUACCAAUGAAGACUUCGUGCCUGAAUACCUGAACGAAUCAAGUACAGAAUUUAAGCAAUUUGAAGCUAAGUUCACUGAGGAGAUUAAAAAACAUCUGCCACCAACGAUCCUGAAAUUAAUAGAGGAAGAAAAAAUGCGUAUUGUAAUUAAUAGCCUCAGGAAUGGCAGUGUGAUUGCACUCUUCAGCAUUGUGUUGGAUGAAGGAGAAAAUUUAACAAAGACAGAGAUUUCAGAUGCUUUUAUAGAGGCCCUUAACAUGAGUACAGUACUGAAAGCUGAUCUUAAAGAGACUGUUAUAGAAGCAAGGAAUAGUUGUCAGCCAGGAUUAAAUGACUGCUCACAAAAUGCUACCUGCACUGCUGAAGGAGCAACUUAUUCCUGUCAAUGCAAUGAAGGAUUCACAGAUAACAGUCCCCAGGUUCCAGGGAGAGUUUGCCAACUAAAGCAGAAUCCACCUUCACAGCAGAUAACUACAGUGCCUCCAGAAAGUGCUAUGGGUGGAUCUACAGGAACCACAACUACUUCUGUUUUUGCUACCACAUUCACACCAGGAUCUUGCAUGCCAGUGCUCAUUAAAGUUGAGAAUGUGACUGGGGAGGCAAUACAACUUAGCUGGAACUCAGAGAAUGGCAAGAGAGACAGUCUCUACACAGUCUUCCUCAUGGAUGGAAUCCAAGAAAUAAAUAAAACCACUACAAAUGAGGCAACAAUAAUAUUUAAAUAUCUGCUUCCUGGUCACGUAUACACAAUAUCUGUGGAAGUAUUAUCUUGUGCUGAGAAUAGCAGGACUUCAGUGAGUGUCCGAACAGAUACUGUUUCCUGUUUCAACAGAACUGAUUUUUGCCUAUCACAGAAUCAUGGUUGUCCAGACUUAAAAUAUAUCAUAUGCUCAAGCUACCAAUCCUUUGCCUGCAGAGCUUUGUUAAAAAACCAGACAUUUAACAAUUCCCUUUAUGACAUUGAUAGUGGAGGCUACAAAGCGAUGUCUGAAAGUAUCAAAACAGAAAUUGUUUCAGAAAUGCGCAUCAAAUUGAAAGAUGAUCAUUUUGAUAUUAUGGUGCUUGGAUUCAGACCCGGGAGUGUGAUUGUUGAUUUUAUUUCUGUACUGCAAAAACAAGAGCCUGUUGAUGUGGAUAUUGUGCAGGAAUACCUAAGCCAAAUAUUAAAGAGCAAGUUUGGUGAUCAAACUGAAGUAACAGUACAAUCUCUGUCUACUGGACAACUUCUUCCAUCAACUGAAAGAAGUUCUUCCUGGAAAGUGGCAGUGAUUGUCCUUGGAGUUUUAUUUGGAGUUGCACUAGUGCUAAUUUUUCUUCUAAUAUUGGUUUAUAUUUGGAAGAAGAAAAGAUCAGGUAAAUACCUGAUUGAACCUACAGGACUCCUGGGAAAUUUUGUCUACAAGCACUUGUAAUCUGGACACUUGACCACAAAUCUGAGCCCAGGUGAUUCAUCUAACAUGAGAUUUUUAUCACCAUAUGAAGAUGCCUUUUUCUCUCCAGUGACUGUAAAAUGGGCCCAGGACAGUUCAUGUUUUAGCAUAUACAGCUUGAUUUAGAGCCUGGAGGAAAGUGAGAUAAAUCUGGGCAGUAUGGACUUGUCACAGAUGUCUCUGGUGGAAAAGGAAAAUUAUCUGAAGGCUUCUGAAUUCAAGGCUUAACUCUUGGGCUAUGAAGAAACAUAUGCCUUCAUGUGAGAAAUGGAUAGCAUGAGAGAUAGAAAUGUCAUUUAAUAGGAAAUCAGUAAUUGAGUAGCUUGACUUCUUAUUAGAAGAUGGGAGAAGGGAUAAAAAGCUUCAUCUGGACUGAAGUAAUUUGUCAUUUUAAUUUAUGCCUGUUAAAGAAAGCUGGGCAAGAGUGUGUCAUAUAAUACUGUUUUGCCUUGCCCAUGAUAAUCCCAAAGCAGAGUCUGCUGAAAGCACCCCAGUGGAUCCAGUGGCUCUGCACAAUACCCUGUGUUCCAGGGAAAUGGAAAGAAACAGCCUUCAUUUGUUUUCACCACUCUCAGCUGCAGUCCCAAUGAGCUUACUGUCUGCUUCUCCUGUGGUGUAUUUUUCUCCUUGGAAAGUGCUGAACAAAUAAUAAAAGGCAGUAUAUUUCUGUAGACAUGUUCAGUAGGAGUUACUUAUUUAAUCUCAAAGCAGUUCUCCCUGCGUCUGUGUAUUUUGUCUGUAUGCCAAUGCUCAGCACUGAAGUACUGAAGCACUGAAUACCUUGUGACGUUCUGAGACCCUGGCUCCAGUCCUCUGAGCAGUUCACGCCCUUUGUUUGUGCUGAUUGCAUUAUGGUUAGUUAGCAAGAGUUAGAGUAGGGAAGUGUCCAGAAUUGUAGCAUGUUACAGGACACUAGCACUGAAAAGAGCCUCUGUGUGCAGUCAGGUUUUGUGUAUCCUUUCCUACAGCUUCUGGAUGAAUCUUGCCAAGGACCUGGGCAAGCAGAAAGGUGGAGCUGUCUAGGUGCUGGCCUCAACCCAUGUAGGCUGCUUUAGUUCAGGUUCUAAUAUUGUCCCAGUGGAAAUCACAGCCAGCAAUGAUCUCUGUCCUGGGCUUAGAGGCAGUGUUGGUGUGAUGCCAAUGGUCUGUGCUGGUUGCAUGACCACUUCGGUGUGAUUAAUAUUUAUUAAAAAUUAUUUCUUGCAUGUUUUAAAUACAGCUGAUUUUUGCUGUUAUUUUUCCUUGAAUGGGAAAAUAACAUUUAACAAUGCAUUCUGUCUAUAAAUAUAAGUUCUCUGGUGAGCUGUGCUGAAGAUACCAAUGAGUUCUUUUGCUUAUUUUAAUACUUUUUCAUUCUUUUUGAGGGGUUUACUUUGAACAGCAAUCUUAUUGUUAAUAAAGCUUUCUGAUAUCUUUGCAAACAACAUUGAACUAAAGACCAUGUACAGCAGGGUUGUACUAUGGAAUUCUAGGAAUAGUCCUUGUAAAAUGCCUUUAUCUCUGAAGAAAUAUGGUAUUUUAAAUGUUCUUUUCCCCAAAAGUUUUACAAAUAAAAUUUCUAUUUUUACAAUUUUGUGUUCUGAAGGCAUCUGUUGUUUCUUCUGUGUAAAGUGGACUCUCUCCAAGGCACACAAGGGGAAGAUGGCCCCCUCCAUCAACAACAAAGCUACCUUGGUCCAGUAUAUGAUUUAAGA